AUGCAUAUACCACCCAGCCACCCCGUCGCUGCAGGCCCAGCGACAGCACUACAGAGCUUAAUACCAACAACCACACCCACACCCUACGCUGCGCUAUCAUGGAUAUCGAAAGACGCCCACGGAGGCGGAGGAGGAGGCGGCGGAUACACAGAGAACUGGAGCAGUCUAAUCGGCAUCAUCACCGCCAUAAUAGGCAACGUGCUCAUCUCGUUCGCACUAAACAUGCAGCGAUACGCGCAUAUACGGCUAGACCGCGAAUUCCACGAGAAAGAACGGCAGAGGAAGAGGCGGAAGGCGGGCAUGGACGAUGCGGGGAGAUUGGCGGAGGAAGUGCAGAAGAUGGGGUUGAGGAGCAGGAGGAGCGAGGGCAUGGUUGAGCAGAGGAGACGGAGAAGUAAUGGGCAGGAAGACGAUAUCUUUGAGGCGUCCGAGAGCGAUCCGUUGAUACCCCGGGAUACGAGACCGGCUGUGGGAAGAGAAGACAGUGCUGAGUCGGCCAAGCAGGAGGUGUUCAAGCAGACGUCGUAUCUCAAAUCGCCGUAUUGGUGGUUCGGCAUCAUUCUCAUGACAAUCGGCGAGGCGGGGAAUUUCCUUGCCUACGGAUUCGCGCCUGCGUCUAUCGUUUCCCCGCUCGGCGUUGUUGCGCUCAUUUCGAAUUGCAUCAUUGCGCCGUUUAUGCUCAAGGAGCCUUUUCGCAAGAGAGACGCCCUGGGCGUUGUUAUUGCUGUUGGGGGCGCCGUUACCGUUGUGCUUUCGGCGAAUGACAAUAAUCCCAAGUUGGGUCCUGGAGAGAUCUGGGAUUUGAUUAGACGCUGGGAGUUUGAGACGUAUUUGGGGAUUACGGUGGGGGUUAUUGCGUGCUUGAUGGUUGCGAGUAAUCGGUAUGGGGAGAAGAACAUCUUGAUUGAUUUGGGACUUGUGGGGUUGUUUGGCGGAUACACAGCGUUGUCUACGAAAGGCGUUGCUUCGCUACUUUCGUACACGCUUUGGCGCGCCAUCACCUUCCCCGUCUUCUACCUACUGGUUGCGAUCCUCGUCGGCACAGCAGUCAUGCAGAUCAAAUACGUCAACCGAGCUCUCCAGCGCUUCGACGCGACGCAGGUCAUCCCCGUCCAAUUUGUCCUCUUCACUCUUUCCGUCAUUGGCGGAUCCGCAGUCCUCUACCGCGACUUCGAGCGCACCUCAGGAGAAGACGCCGGAAAGUUCCCGGAGAAACCUACACAGACGCUAUAA